CAGAUAUAGUUAGAACCACAUGAGCCACAGCCACAGUUAGAAAAUCGAGUUGAGUAAUAAGGAGAGCCAACCAAUUAAAGAUGGGUUCCUUCUUGGAAGUGACUUAUUAUGGUGGGCCUACCAAUAAUGCUCAAUGCCUUUUAGCUACUCCACACAUAUACACGAAUAGGACCACCUCUAAAUCACUGUAAGGAUAAGAAAAAAAAUCAGAGAACAGAACAAAAUCAGCAGCCAUUAUUGAAUACCAACAACACCACUUGGGAUAGAAAUGCUUAAAUGAGUCAUCUGUUUUGCUGUUAGAUCAUAUCAUACAAUUCAAUUCAAUUUAGUUACUGAGCAAAAUUAUCAAAUGGCAGAUGCUGUUGUUUCGUUUGUGAUUGAAAGGCUUGGAGACUUGGUGAUUUCUGAAGCUCAAUUCUUGGGUGGAGUUGAAGCCCAAGUUGGGAAUGCACAAAUCAGGCUUCAAUGUAUGAGUGCUUUCUUAAAAGAUGCUGAUGCUUUGGUAAGAAAUGGUGAUGAGAGAGUUCGCCUUUUGGUUGUCCAAGUCAGAGAAAAUGCUCUUGACUUGGAAGAUGUUAUUGAGACUUAUGUCUUCAAAGUGGCUUUGAAGGGGAAUGAAGGAAGCAAAUGGAAAAGAUUUAUUUGCAUCUUCAGAGAAGAAAUUGACGUCCACAAAGUUGGAACAGAGAUUGAGAGGAUCUCAUCCGACAUUCAUACUUGGACUUCACAGUUAGAAGCUUUUGGAGUACGCAGAUCAAUACACAAUGCAGCUGAAGCUUCUUCAAGCAGCUAUGUUCAACAAGAAAGACAGUUAAGGCAAGCUUAUUCUUUUGUUGAAGACAAUGUUGUUGUUGGAUUCGACAAAGAUAUUAAAGAUUUGGUUGGCCUUUUGACUGAAAAAGAGAACCCUCAUAAGCAUAAGGUGAUCUCUGUAUGUGGGAUGGGUGGUUUGGGCAAAACUACUCUUGCAAAAAAGGUCUAUCAGCAUCCUCGUGUCAGGACUCACUUUGAUUGUUAUGCUUGGGCCUCAAUAUCUCAGCAGUGUAAUACACGCCAAGUCUUGGAAGGAAUUCACUUUUCUUUCACUUCUCCUACAUAUGCACAAAAAAAUCACAUAAAAAACUUAAGUGAUGUUGAAUUAGCAAGGGAGCUUUACAACUUUCAGAAACAGAAAAAAUGUUUGGUGGUUCUUGAUGAUAUAUGGACCACAACAACAUGGGAUCUUCUAAAACAUGCAUUCCCUACUACUCAAGGAGACACAGUACAUAGCAAGAUCUUACUCACUACUCGGAACAAGGAUGUAGCUUUGCAUGCCGAUCAACACGGUUUCAUCCAUGAACCUCAUUUGCUCAAUGAAGAGGAAAGCUGGGAGCUGUUUCAUAAAAAGUACUUCUCUGUUGGAGCAGAUCCAUCAAACUCAAAUUAUGAUGAAGAAAGGAAGAAAGAACUUGCGGUAGAGAUGCUUAGAAAGUGCUCUGGUCUGCCAUUAGCCAUCAUUGUGCUCGCUGGUCUUCUAUCUAAGAAACACACCUUAUAUGAUUGGGAGCAACUGAAAGCAAAUGUAAUUCGCUGGAUAGGUCAAGGUGGUCAACAACAUUAUGAUGACUCAAAAUACCGUAGUGUUCGGGGGGUGUUGGGUUUGAGUUACAGCGAGUUACCACGUCACUUGAAGCCUUGUUUUCUGUACUUGGCUCGUUACGCUGAAGAUGUCCCAAUAAGAGCAAAAGAGUUAUGUCUUGUGCUCAUAGCAGCAGAAGGUUUUAUAUCGCGAAGAGGAGGGUCUGUGGAAACUUUGGAGGAAGUGGCAUAUGAUUGGUUGUGUGAGUUGGUGGAGAGGAGUAUGAUUCAGGUCAAAGAAAUGAGUUUAACAGAAGGAAGGAUAAAAUCAUUUUGCAUUCAUGAUCUCAUGCGAGACUUGUGUGUGUCUAAAGCCCAAGAAGAAAACUUUCUACAUUUUACUGAUUGGCAGAAUAAAGGGGAAGAGUUUCCAAUAGAAACAAAGGUACGAAGAGUUUCCAUCUAUGAUAAUGGAAAUAUUGAUGGUAGUGAUUUUAUUCAUAUGCUUAGAAACAAAGAUGGCUCUCUCAGGUGCCUUGCUCUAUAUUGUGAAAGAAUUGAGAAAAGAAAAAGAAUAUUGAGACAUGCAUGCAAUCACUUUUUGAAGCUUAGAGUUUUGAUUAUUGGUCAGCGGUAUGCUUUCAAUACUUUCGAGUUGCCUAAAGAAAUUGGGAAUCUGAUCCAUCUAAGGUUAUUAAGUAUUCCUAAAUGGAAAAUAAAAAAGAUUCCAUCUUCUUUUGGCAAUUUAAGAUGUCUCCAGACUUUGAGAGUAUGGACCAGGAGUUAUAAAAUACCAAGUUCAAUGUGCAAGUUGGAGCAACUAAGGCAUCUAUAUCUUAUCACUGAAGAUGGUAAUGGCAUAGAAUUUGGUAAUUUCUUGAGGUCAACUAAGUCUAGAAAUUUACAAACAUUGGUAGGUAUUAGUACUAAGGAUCUUCUACUGAGUGAUCUUCUACAGUUGAAGAGUCUCAAGAAAUUAGGGAUUCGUGUGGAUCGAAAUUUUGUGACAUUCUUACACAAUCCCCAAUCUCUCACAUUCACUCGUCUUCUGUCUUUACAAAUGAAUAAUCUUUUUGGCACCAAGAUAGAUAUUGUUCCUUUGAUAUUAAGCUGUCCUCAAAUUUAUAAGCUUACAGUAGAGUUGCCUAUAAUAAGAUUACCAGAAGUCAACCAAUUCUCCCCAAAUCUCAUCAAGUUGAAGUUGACUGGGCUGUUACUUGAGGAUGAUCCAAUGCCAACAUUAGAAAAGCUACCAAAAUUAAGAGUCCUUAUGAUUAGUUUUAAUAGUUUUACAGGGGAUGAGAUGGUGUGCUCAAGAGGAGGUUUCCCUCGACUUGAAUCUCUUCAGCUUACUGGUCUAUAUUACUUGAAAGAGUGGAAAGUGGAGGAGAGUGCAUUGCCUACACUUGCCUAUUUGCGUAUUCAUUAUUGCAGCAAAUUGAGAGUUCCAGAUGGAGUAAGAAACAUUGUUACACUCAAUGAGAUAAAGAUAAUUUCUAUGCCUAAGAAAUUCAAAGAAAGGAUGGAGGAAGGAGGAGACGAUUUCCACAAAGUCAACCACGUGCCAUCACGUGUAUUCAUCAAUUGUGAUACAGAUUGACUAAAUAUGAAUUAAAGUGGGAGAAUAUCAUAUCAAGAUUUGGAGGAUGUGUUGUCACUGCCAAUCAUCAAUGUCUGUUUAUUCAAUUAUUAAUAUUUAAAAUAUAAAGUGUAAUAUUCGAAUUGUGUUGUGUUUUAAUUCUUAAAUUAGUGUCUGUUUUAAAUUUUUAUGUUUUAUAUGUUGUUAUGUAAUAUAUAUGUUUGGAUUGUUGUCUCA